CUCUCUCUCUCCACCUCAAUUCAAGUCUCCUGUCCUCUACACAUCCGAGCAAAUUACAGAAAGCAAACAGAAACCCAUCUGAAAAAAUUAAAGUAGAGGGUGGAAGCAAAGAAAAGGAAAGUGAAGGCAAAAAAAAAGAAUCCCACUUAAAUUUGCAUCUCCUGAUUCCUACCAAUCCGAACUCCAGCCUAUCAAACAUGUUAUUGUUUAUCUGCAUAUAAAGAAGAUGUUCUUUUCCCCUUCUUCGUUUCCCCUCUAGAUUCUGAAUUCAGUUUAGAUGGAGUUCUCGUCAGCAAAUAACCAGAUGAUCAUGCAGGGCUUUGAGCAGCCCAGCGGAGACCUCUUCGGCUUCCACCCUGCAAACUCCAACCCUAACCCUAACCCCGAUCAGUGGCAUGCCGAUGGCUUCUCCCUUCAAUCCAAUCAAGGCCUUUCUCUUUCUCUAACAAACCCCAUGACAAGUUCUCAUCAAGAACAAACCAGCCAAUUCGUGGAUGAUGAAAGACUUCUGUUUCGAUCGUCCUCUCAGCAGCAGACAUCACCAUUUAUACUGAGGAGAUUGAAGUAUUUGAUUCCAGCUCGGGAGCUUUUAAACGAGUUUUGCAGCGUUGGAGGGAUUAAUAGUAGUCUUGAAGAAGGGACCAAGAAGAAGAAGGAUCAAUGGAAAGAAGGAGGGCCUUCUUCUUCUUCCUCUCUGUGUUCUUUGGAUCUUGUUGAGCUUCAGAAGAGAAAGGCUAGGCUUAUGUUAAUGCUAGAAGAGGUCCACAGGAGGUACAGACGAUACUGUGAGCAAAUGCGCGCGGUUGUAUCCUCCUUCGAGUCCAUAGCAGGCGAAGGCUCGGCGACAGUCUACUCAACCCUCGCCUCAAAGGCCAUGUCAAGGCAUUUCCGAUGCCUAAAAGAUGGCAUCACGAGCCAAAUUCAAGCGACAAAAAUGGCGAUGGGAGAAAGAGAUAGUACAGCAGCUGCACCAGGAGCUACUAAAGGGGAAACUCCGAGGUUGAAGAAGUUAGAGCAGUGUUUGAGGCAGCAGAAGGCUUUUCAGAAUGCCGGAAUCAUGGAGAGCCAGCCUUGGAGGCCUCAAAGGGGAUUACCCGAGAGAUCUGUUUCCGUUCUUAGAGCUUGGCUUUUCGAGCAUUUUUUGCAUCCGUAUCCCAGCGACGUGGACAAGCAUAUCUUAGCCCGGCAAACUGGACUCUCUAGAAGUCAGGUCUCCAACUGGUUCAUAAAUGCAAGGGUGAGGCUAUGGAAGCCAAUGGUGGAAGAGAUGUACAUGGAAGAGCUAAAAGAAGAAGAGAAGUUCAACCCCAAUUCAAACCCGAACCCUAGUGCUGAGGAACAAAAGCCCGUGCAUGGGCUUCUUAUGAACGAAUCAGACUCUCUCUCCUCCAUCAUAAACAAUAGUAACAAUCAUCCUAACCCUAACGCUAAUUUCGGAGAAGUCGAUUUGGACUUCUGCCCCUACGACGCUAGCGGCGUUUCGCUAACAUUGGGCUUCUCUAGAGAUCACAUCGAUGAUGAAAGACAAGUUCAGUUCUCUAUGUUGGAUGAAGAUGGCCAGACUCUCCCCUAUAGGAAUCUUAUGGAUACUCAUUUGCUUCAUGAUUUGGCUGGAUAAAUUAAAAGAAAAAGAUGCAUUAUUGAGAGCAAAUUAAGUAGAUUUUACAUACUUCUUUUGUACAGUGUUUUGAUAUACUGAGGACGCAUGUUUAAUUGGUAGUUACAUAGUUACAUCGUCAUAUAUACAGGUCAUUUUCCUAUCAUAUAGAUUUGCGUACGUCCAACAUUGAUA